GCCGCCGCCGCCCGCGGGGCUGGGACCCGAUGCGGUUAGAGCCGCGGAGCCUCGAGGAGCCCCGAGCAUUUCUGCUUUGGGACAGCCACACAUCUAAUUCCUUAAAGUACUUUUAUAUGUAAAGCUUGUAAAGGAUCAGAACAAUGCCUCCAAGACCAUCAUCAGGUGAACUGUGGGGCAUCCACUUGAUGCCCCCAAGAAUCCUAGUAGAAUGUUUAUUACCAAAUGGGAUGAUAGUGACUUUAGAAUGCCUCCGUGAGGCUACGUUAAUAACUAUAAAGCAUGAACUAUUUAAAGAAGCAAGAAAAUACCCUCUCCAUCAACUUCUUCAAGAUGAAUCUUCUUACAUUUUCGUAAGUGUUACCCAAGAAGCAGAAAGGGAAGAAUUUUUUGAUGAAACAAGACGACUUUGUGACCUUCGGCUUUUUCAACCCUUUUUAAAAGUAAUUGAACCAGUAGGCAACCGUGAAGAAAAGAUCCUCAAUCGAGAAAUUGGUUUUGCUAUUGGCAUGCCAGUGUGUGAAUUUGAUAUGGUUAAAGAUCCAGAAGUACAGGACUUCCGAAGAAAUAUUCUCAAUGUUUGUAAAGAAGCUGUGGAUCUUAGGGAUCUCAAUUCACCUCAUAGUAGAGCAAUGUAUGUUUAUCCUCCAAAUGUGGAAUCUUCACCAGAACUGCCAAAGCACAUAUAUAAUAAAUUGGAUAAAGGGCAAAUAAUAGUGGUGAUUUGGGUAAUAGUUUCUCCAAAUAAUGACAAACAGAAGUAUACCUUGAAAAUCAACCAUGACUGUGUGCCAGAACAAGUAAUUGCUGAAGCAAUCAGGAAAAAAACUCGAAGUAUGUUGCUGUCAUCUGAACAACUAAAACUCUGUGUUUUAGAAUAUCAGGGCAAGUAUAUUUUAAAAGUGUGUGGAUGUGAUGAAUACUUCCUAGAAAAAUAUCCUCUGAGUCAGUAUAAGUAUAUAAGAAGCUGUAUAAUGCUUGGGAGGAUGCCCAAUUUGAUGCUGAUGGCUAAAGAAAGCCUCUACUCUCAACUGCCAAUGGACUGUUUUACAAUGCCAUCAUAUUCCAGACGCAUCUCCACAGCUACGCCAUAUAUGAAUGGAGAAACGUCUACAAAAUCCCUUUGGGUUAUAAAUAGUGCACUCAGAAUAAAAAUUCUUUGUGCAACCUAUGUGAAUGUAAAUAUUCGAGACAUUGACAAGAUUUAUGUUCGAACAGGUAUCUAUCAUGGAGGAGAACCCUUAUGUGAUAAUGUGAACACUCAAAGAGUACCUUGUUCCAAUCCCAGGUGGAAUGAAUGGCUGAAUUACGAUAUAUACAUUCCUGAUCUUCCUCGUGCUGCUCGACUCUGCCUUUCCAUUUGUUCUGUUAAAGGCCGAAAGGGUGCUAAAGAGGAACACUGUCCAUUGGCCUGGGGAAAUAUAAACUUGUUUGAUUACACAGAUACUCUAGUAUCUGGAAAAAUGGCUUUGAAUCUUUGGCCAGUACCUCAUGGACUAGAAGAUUUGCUGAACCCUAUUGGUGUUACUGGAUCAAAUCCAAAUAAAGAAACUCCAUGUUUAGAGUUGGAGUUUGACUGGUUCAGCAGUGUGGUAAAGUUUCCAGAUAUGUCAGUGAUUGAAGAGCAUGCCAAUUGGUCUGUAUCCCGUGAAGCAGGAUUUAGUUAUUCCCAUGCAGGACUGAGUAACAGACUAGCUAGAGACAACGAAUUAAGAGAAAAUGAUAAAGAACAGCUCCGAGCAAUUUGUACACGAGAUCCUCUAUCUGAAAUCACUGAGCAAGAGAAAGAUUUUCUGUGGAGCCACAGACACUAUUGUGUAACUAUCCCCGAAAUUCUACCCAAAUUGCUUCUGUCUGUUAAAUGGAACUCUAGAGAUGAAGUAGCUCAGAUGUACUGCUUGGUAAAAGAUUGGCCUCCAAUCAAGCCUGAACAGGCUAUGGAGCUUCUGGACUGCAAUUACCCAGAUCCUAUGGUUCGAGGUUUUGCUGUUCGGUGCUUAGAAAAAUAUUUAACAGAUGACAAACUUUCUCAGUACCUAAUUCAGCUAGUACAGGUACUAAAAUAUGAACAGUAUUUGGAUAACCUGCUUGUGAGAUUUUUACUCAAAAAAGCAUUAACUAAUCAAAGGAUCGGUCACUUUUUCUUUUGGCAUUUAAAAUCUGAGAUGCACAAUAAAACAGUUAGUCAGAGGUUUGGCCUGCUUUUGGAAUCCUAUUGCCGUGCAUGUGGGAUGUAUCUGAAGCACCUUAAUAGGCAAGUUGAGGCUAUGGAAAAGCUCAUUAACUUGACUGACAUUCUCAAACAAGAGAAGAAGGAUGAAACACAAAAGGUACAGAUGAAGUUUUUAGUUGAGCAAAUGCGGCGACCAGAUUUCAUGGAUGCUCUCCAGGGCUUUCUGUCUCCUCUAAACCCUGCUCAUCAGCUGGGAAACCUCAGGCUUGAAGAGUGUCGAAUUAUGUCUUCUGCAAAAAGGCCACUGUGGUUGAAUUGGGAGAACCCAGACAUCAUGUCAGAAUUACUCUUUCAGAACAAUGAGAUCAUCUUUAAAAAUGGGGAUGAUUUACGGCAAGAUAUGCUAACCCUUCAGAUUAUUCGCAUUAUGGAAAAUAUCUGGCAAAAUCAAGGUCUUGAUCUUCGAAUGUUACCUUACGGAUGUCUGUCCAUUGGUGACUGUGUGGGACUGAUUGAGGUGGUGAGAAAUUCUCACACUAUAAUGCAGAUUCAGUGUAAAGGAGGCCUGAAAGGUGCUCUGCAGUUCAACAGCCACACCCUCCAUCAGUGGCUCAAAGACAAGAACAAGGGAGAAAUAUAUGAUGCAGCCAUCGAUCUGUUUACACGAUCAUGUGCUGGAUAUUGUGUUGCCACCUUCAUUUUGGGAAUUGGAGAUCGUCACAAUAGUAAUAUCAUGGUUAAAGAUGAUGGACAACUGUUUCAUAUAGAUUUUGGACACUUUUUGGAUCACAAGAAGAAAAAAUUUGGUUAUAAACGAGAGCGUGUGCCAUUUGUUUUGACACAAGAUUUCUUAAUAGUGAUUAGUAAAGGAGCCCAAGAAUGCACAAAGACAAGAGAAUUUGAGAGGUUUCAGGAGAUGUGUUACAAGGCUUAUCUAGCUAUUCGGCAGCAUGCCAAUCUCUUCAUAAAUCUUUUCUCAAUGAUGCUUGGCUCUGGAAUGCCAGAACUACAAUCUUUUGAUGAUAUUGCAUACAUUCGAAAGACCCUAGCUUUAGAUAAAACUGAGCAAGAGGCUUUGGAAUAUUUCAUGAAACAAAUGAAUGAUGCACACCAUGGUGGCUGGACAACAAAAAUGGAUUGGAUCUUCCACACAAUUAAGCAGCAUGCUUUGAACUGAAAUGAUAACUAAGAAACUAAAAGCUCAGUAUCUGGAUUCUAUACUGCACUGUUAAUAACUGUCAACAGGCAAAGACUGAUUGCAUAGGAAUUGCACAAUCCAUGAACAGCAUUAGAAUUUACAGCAAGAACAGAAAUAAAAUACUAUAUAAUUUAAAUAAUGUAAACGCAAACAGGGUUUGAUAGCACUAAACUAGUUCAUUUCAAAAUUAAGCUUUAGAAUAAUGCGCAAUUUCAUGUUAUGCCUUAAGUCCAAAAAGGUAAACUUUAAAGAUUGUUUGUAUCUUUUUUUAAAAAACAAAACAAAAAAACCCCAAAAUAUAUAGAAAUGAUGGAGAAGGAAAAAGGAUGAUGUUCUCUUUUUGUCUUGCAAAUGUUUUCUGUUUUGAAAUGUGGACACAACAAAGUCUAUUAUUGCAUUAGGUCCAAGUAAACUGGAGUUUGAUGUUAAAUUACUUUAAGAUUGGAAAAUAAUGAAAAUUUCGUAUUUUUCCAUUGCUGUUCAAUUUAUAGUUUGAAGUGGGUUUUUGACUCCUUGUUUGAUGAAGACAAAUGCUUGGGGUGUAAGGGACUCUUGAGAUUUCAACAGAGACUUUUCUUUUUUAAUAAAUCAAACCUUUUGAUGAUUUGGGGUCUUAUCUGCAAAGUUUGGGAAGCAGUCACAAAUGAGACCUGUUAUAAGGUGGUAUUUUGAGUUUUGUUUUUUUUUUUUCCUGGACAGUAUUUACAAGAAUCUGAUUCUUAUUUCCCAGGGAAAUUCUGGGCUCCCACAAAGUAAAAUAAUCAUCGUAGAGAAAGAAUGAGCAGGAAUAAUUCUUGCUCCAGAAUUGUACAGUAUUCACCUUAGAUUGACUUUUUUUCUCCUUUUGCAAUGAAUUGAAUACAUUUUUCAUGCAUGUUUUCCAGAAAAUAGAAGUGAGUAUUAAUGUUAUUAAAAAGAUUAUUUUUUUUAUUAAAGGCUAUUUAUAUUAUAGAAACUAUCAUUAAUAUAUAUUCUUUAUUUACAUGAUCUGUCCCAUAGUCAUGCAUUGUUUUGCACCCCAAAUUUUUUAUUGUUUGUAGCAGCAUGGUCAGCUUUUUUCUUGAUCUGUGGGUAAGGUUCAGGCACUAUCUCAUACCAAUGACUAGUAUAUAACUACUUAAGGAAAACAGAUUUAAAAGUUCUCCUCUUUCAUUUUCUUCUGUUUUCACUUGAAUCGCCCAUCUUCCAUCCUCUUUUAUAGCUGAGAAUGCCUCAGUCAUAUGAAAUUAGUUGCCAAAUUAACACAGUUUAGACUAUCUUCCUAAUUGCUUCACCCCUCUACCCAGGUAUGCCCAUGAAUAAUACUUUAUAAUAAGGGCAAUAGAAAUCAUGAACUUUUUGCCUUUUUAGGCUAUUUACUCAAUAUCUCCCUAGUAAAAUUAGGACCUUACACCAUUUUAAGAUCAUGUCCCAUUUCUGAGUCAUCAGGGCUCACUUUCCAACUUUAUUAAAUAGCAUUUGAGCACAAGAUACAUCCUUAAACAUUUUGAAAAAUGUUAACCCUGGAUGUAGGGGCUCAAGCUAGUCAUCACUCUAUAAUCUGAUAUUUUACUGAGUAUUUGAAAUGAAUGAUUAAUGCCCUAGGAAAUAGCUUUAGCAAAUGUCCAGGUGCCACACCAGAAAAAGUGCAAUAAUUUACUGACAGUUUUCUAGACUAGGUUUAUUAUUGGAGUACAACUUUAUGAAGAGUGCAUAUUGUAUACAGCAUCACUUUAAAAUAUCCACUUAUGAAAUCAGUUACCUAUAGUAGAAGUCUUGGAUAGUAAACAGGGACUCUAAUACAGAUACUCUUAAUAUUUGGCUAUUUUAGAACCCUUAAAGGGCAUAAUUAUUGGAGACCUAGGUACCUCACUAAAGUGUGUACAUAAUAUUGCCAAUAAGAAAGAUUAAUUUGAAAAUUAGGGAAACUUCUCUAAACUGUCUUGGAAUAGUUAAGGAGAAUUUAAACUGUUUUAAGCAGGAGACCAGAUAGAUUCUUUUGCAGAUAUCGGAAAUUUCAAACUUAUUAAACCUUUGUGAUUAAUGUUUUUUGUCUUUUAGAUUUAUUCAGUUAAUACAUACUAACAUCCCAGUAUUUUCUGUAUUAGGGAUUAAUUACAGGAAAGCUCAGUGAAAUAGUACAACUUCGAAAGAAGUUUUGAUGGUGGAAACUGAGAUUUUAACAGAGAACUAACUGUGUUUUACUGAGUGCCAAAAAAGCUUUGAGCUUCCUUGUACAAAGUUAAUAUAAUUUUUGCAUUUUUCACAUCAGUCCAGAUAGUCCCUUCCCCUAGGAUCUCUCUGCCACUGAAAGACAAGCCACAGAGCUUAUUUUAUCCCGAAUUUUAAGAGUUAUUACAACCAAAUUAAUUCCAUUGGAUGAAAUGUAGACAGAUUCCACAAAUAAAGACUAUAGAUUAAGUGAACUAGCUAAAAACAAAGUGUAUUUCAAACAUAUCCAAGCAGAGUUGAUGCGAACAACAUUAAAAAUAAGGGAAAGGGGGACAGGUAGUCCUCAGAAAGCAAGGAACCAAAAACUGAAUUAAAUGCUACGUGGGAUGACUAGGAUGUGUUUCAAGUAAGUCAGUGAUAGCAUAGCUACUUCCAGGUACUUCAGUAUCAGAGAUCAGUUCCUACUGGCCAGUUCCUGUGACCACCGGUCCUUGUCAUUGAAUGUGGUAUAACUGACUAUUGACUUGACAGGUUCAUUUGGUCACUUGAGCAAUAUUUCCUUUAAUGACUAUUUUGGAGAAAAGAAAAAUAGGUUUAAAGAAAAUAAAACUUAAUUUCAACACAUUCUCGCAAGAAAUAAUCAACUAUUUGAAAAUCAUGCUUUAACUUUUUAUCAUAUUUUCAGCGAUAUAAAAUCAUUUAUUUUGAAGACUUUCAGAAUGCUGUUAAUUUGAAAUCUGUUAAUCAUGUUGUAGAAUUUGGUUUUUUAAAAAAGAUGUUUCUAAUUGGAUUUUUUAAAGAAGAAUGGAAUUUGGUCACUAUUUUAUGAUAGAACCUAAGCUUUUUGUGGUUCUUAGUGUCCUCUGUAAAAUUUAGUGUCAAAGUAAUCAACUUUUGAGGUUUUCCCUUCUAAUCUGCUUUAUAUUAUAAGCCCUUUAGGAAAUGGGAACCUGGUGAAUAUAUAAUGAAUUGUAAAAUAUUUUAAUGUGUAACUUUUUCAACUGUGAAACUAUGACUAUUGGUUUUUUUGAAGAAAACAGCUGCUGAUAAAGUAUUUUGUGUAAAGUGUAGUUCUUAUUAAUCAGGAAAAAAAUCAAAUACUUGAUUAGAAUGUAUAUAUCCUCUUAGAUUUUAUUUUAAAUGGAUUGGUGAUUUUCACAUAGGUAAAACACAGUCCAUCUGUAUUCUUUUUCCAUCAAAAAUCUAGUGAUUUGGCAUUUAUUAAAAAAAUUUAUGAGCAGCUUAUCUAUUUUAAAGGCACCAUGGAAAUUUCACAGUACAUAAACUUGGAUUUGUUUCUUAAUGAUUUGUAAAUCCAUUUAAUUCAUAUCCUGAUCAGUAGUUCAUGUUUGCAACCUUUUGAAGAAAUAUAAUUUCUAGCAUUAUUUUAAACAUAGCAAGUUAACUUUUUCUGAACGUUAUAAAUUCCUUUUGUUUCUAUAUCUGCACAAACUGCAGACCUGGGCUGGACCCACACAUUCAGAAUCCAUCUUAAAAAUUGAUUUUGAUGUCCAAGACAUCACUAAAAUAUUUCAGUUUAAAGACCGUAUGUGGUGUUAAUGGAUUGUGGUGCUUCUACUAUUUAAAAACAACUUUCAUACUUCAGAUAUUUUUGAGAAGAGGGGAAUGUGAAGGGAGGGGGCAGAACAGGGAGGAGUUGCUUGAAUGAGUUACAUUCUUCAUAUCCGUCCUGCUCGGAUUGGGCACUAAAAGAAGGCUGAAAGCUGUGAGAAUAUAUUGUGCACACCAUGAGGGAGUUAAUUCUUCAUCAAGGAUGGGAUUGUGAAGGCUGAACUAUACAAAUCAGCACUGACAGAAUCUUCAGAUAAUAAUUCUUGGUGAUAGAGAAUAAUACAGCUGGGCUGUUUUUUAAAAUAUAAAGACCAUUUUUAUUUUUUAAUUAUCACAUUAAAAAUUGUAAAUGUAUCUUAUGUACCAUGGCCUGGGAAGCCUUUUUUCUUUUCUCUUAAGAGUUAUUUUCACUUUCUGAAAAGAAUAUAGGGUUCAGCUCAAGAUAAGUAUGGUCCUGAUAAAAUUGGAUGGGUAAUUCUACCUCAGAAGGUUAAUAAGGAAAAAAAGUAGAUGAGUCACAAUUCAAUACUUUUGGCUCUGAUAUUACAGAAAUUUGCAGAGCACUGUAUUUUAGAUUUAUAAAGUCAGAGUUGGCAUGUCUUGUUUUUAAUGGCAUUGGAUACAUUUAGAAAAAGUUUGGGUUAAAAUUUAAUCAUUGCUCCAGCCAUUUGGAAAAGGUAGUAGUGCUAGGAGGUUCAUGGUACUAGGUUCCUGAAUUUAGCCUUUGAAAUUGUUAUUGAAAUUGAUGUGUGUAUAUUUGCAGACAUUUAUAUUUGUAUACACAGUACUUGCUAACCCCAGUCAAGAGACAUCAUUUAUAAAAGGUGUAAACAUCAAGGUUCUAAAAUUCAGAAGAGUUUAGAAUUGAUUAGGAGUUUCCCAAGUUGGGAUGUUAAUUUUUACAAGCUUAUUUCAUCCAAGGACUUCACUUGAGUAAGGGUUUGCACUUUUUGUCAAUGCAGCGCCAUUCCUUUUGCUUGGUUUUAGUUAUGUUUAUAUUUCAGCCAUGCUAGUUAGCAUAAAGAGAUAGUUAUGAGCCAUAAGAAAAUCUUAUGACUUAAUUUUUACACAACUACAUUUAAGAGUUUUAGCAACAAAGAAAAAAGAUCAGUCCACUGUACAUAUUAGCAUAGGUGGGUAGCUGGUUUUUACUACCAACAGUUGACUCCAGUCCUCUUGUUGGUAAGUAUGGGAAGGAUAAUGCAUUUUGUAAGCAUUAAGUUUAUGAAUCUAUCUAAAAUAUUAUUUAAUCUCUCACUAUAAUAAUUCUGUGGUUAUGCUAAGAGCCAUGUAUAUUUCUGGUGAUUCUUACUUUUGUUAAUCCUUCUAAGAUAGCAAGGAGGCAGAACCUUCACUGUUCUAUUAUUUUCUCAGAAUCUUUAAUAAGACUAACCUCUUUAAUUCUAGUGCAGAUUUCCAAAUGUGGUCACUAGCCAUUGAUUUCAUAAGAAAAAAACUCUUUAUCAGAUUUAUAUUCCUAUUGGAGAGCUUGGCCUUCAUGAUUUCUAGAAAUGUUUUUGGCUAUGGAACCAAAGUUUCAAAUGCAGUUAAUGUUUUCAGUGUGGUUUAGUCCUAAGACUUUAUUUCAGUUGAAUAAAAUCUAAAAGAAUGUAUCCUUUUAGAACAUAACACUUCAACAUCUUGGGAAUGUGACACUACCAUAGACUACUGACACCUCCAGUGUUGACUUUGGAAGCUUCAAAAAGGAGCUCCCAUCACCCUCUUUAGCCCCAUUUAUUGUCACAAAUCUAUUUAUCUAUAUUUGUCUUUCAUUGAGUUAAGAGUCCUGUAGUAUACCACAUUAGUUAGGAGGAAAAUGUUUUUAAGUGUUCUUUCAGUGAUGGCCCGGAAAAGUAUUUGACACAGCAAGUGCAUGUGUUACUGUACUGAGAAUAUAGAAUAAUAACAGUGUCACUAAAUUUAAGACCUCGACCCAAUCGUGCUCUUCCUGGCAAGAAGUUUGGCCUGUGACUGCACUUCCUGUUUGUGCUCAUCAGAAACUGUCAAUGUCUGCUUUAACUUUGCAGUCUGUAACAUCACGCUGUUUAUUAAAAAAAAAAAACAAUUACUUGUGUCCAAACAGUCCUUAGUGUACUAUAUGUUGAACAAAAAAACUGUGAUAAUUACUUUUGCCAUUUAAUACUUAACAACAAACCAUCUUUUAAAUACUUAACAGCAAACCACUGUUGGUAAUAAUCAAAAUUUAGCUGAAUUUUUCUUAUCAAUGAUGACUAAGUAUAGUUGAUUGAAAACCUGAAACUAUUAUGCCUUAAAAGCCAAUUUUUCUGUCACAGUAAAAUGAUGCAUAUUGGAGAAAUAUCAGUUUAAAUAUUAACUUCCUUUAAACAUGAAGAAUUAUAUGCUUGUAUUUUAAGCAGAGAUACAUGUGUACACAUACAUGUAUGAAUGUGUCUGUAUGUGUGGACAGACUUUUUCCCAAGUCAAUUGAUGACCAGAACCUAAAAGUGAAGUUCAUCUAGAAGCGAACUGGUUUUGCAUUCAGCUAUCAUAAACCUUGCAAAAGGUAAGUCUGGGCUUUUCUUGGACCAGUAAUGCACAUGGGCAUUGAUAUUUAGUGCUUCUAAGCAGUUCACAGCAAAUAAUUGCUAAAAUUUUCAUUUGCCAAAUGGUUUGAGUUAACGUUGUAAAUUGACUUUGUUAUUCAAGCAUAAUGUCUCUCUUUCCUGAGAUGAGCCAAGUAGCUACUAUAUAAGUGGAAAACUAUAGUAUUUGAAACACUUCAGGUUUCACACUUUCAUAUGCUUUAGGUUUCCGAUUGUUUUUAAUUUGUUAGAAAAAUCCAAAGAACUGCAUAUUGUUAGGUGGGUGUCAAACUUACUAAGAAAUGGAAUAGAUAUGUGACCUUAAUUUAAGAAAUCUAGAGAAUCUCAAUUUGCGGAAUGACUUAAAAAGUGUAUGCAUACAUAUAUUUUAUAUAUUUUGGCAUACAAAAUAAUCUACUACAGCCUUCUAAGUAGCAUGUUCUGAACUCUAGAUACAUACCACACUUAGCCAAGAAAAAGUGGGGAGGAAUCGGCUCCUGCAGCUCCUUACCCCAGCCCCUGUUCCAGCUGUCCAACAAAAGGUACCAAGACUGGUUGAAUUAUUUUAUCUUUAAUAAGAACUGUACAUACUUAAAGGUUUACAAGAUGGUGAUUUGAUAUACAUAAUAAAAUGAUUACUAUAGUCCAGCUAGUUAAUGUAUCAUUCACAUAGUUACCUUUGUGUGUGUGUGUGUGUGUGUGUGUGUAUGAUGAGAGCACCUAAACUCUUAGCAAACUUCUGGUAUUCAAUGCAGUAUUAUUAACUAUAGUCAUUAUGUUGUACAUUAGAUCAUGAGAUUUAUUCAUCUUAUAAUGAAGUUUGUACACUUUAACCAAUGUCUCCCCUAUUUCCCCGACCCCGCCCCUGGUAACCAGCAUUCUGCUCUCUGCUUUUUAUGUAUUUGACUCUCUUAGUUCCACAUAUAAGUGAAAUGCAGUUUUUUCUUUUCUGUGUCUGGAUUAUUCUUAGCAUAAUGCCCUCCAGGUUCGUCCAUGUUGUUGUAAAUGUCAGGAUCUUCUUUUUUUCAGGAUGAAAAAUAUUCCAUUGUAUGUAUGUUUACACACACACAUAUUUUAUAUAUAUAUAUAUAUAUAUACAUAUAUCACAAUUUAUUCAUCUGUCGAUGGACACUUAAGUUGUUCCAUAUCUUGGCUGUUGUGAAUAGUGUGCAGUGAACAUGAGAGUACAGGUAUCUCUUGAAGGUACUGAUUUCAUUUCCUUUGGGUAUAUACCCAGAAGAGGAAUAAGGCUAACUAAAAAUUGAAACUUAGCAAAAGUUUUGUUAUCUAUCUACUAGGUACCAGAAACCAACCUAGGUGUUUUACAUACUUUGCCUUUUUUCUUCCCUAAAAAUAACCUCAUGAAAGAAAAGACCCAUCCCCAUCUUACGGAUGAGAAGAGAGGCUCAGUUCACCUGACGUGCCCAAGGACACAUAUCUGAAAAGCUGUAAUUACGGCCCACCAAUUUUAAAAAGCUGUGCUCUGAGAUGCAUGUUAUCUCCACUGUUCCACACUAGAAGGAGGAGAAAAUACCCAAAUUGUUCACUGCUGGUCAAGUCAAUAUUGCUCUAUUAUUCAGUUUGUUUAAUAAUGUGUGACUUGCAAUUACUGCUAAAAGGCAUUAAAUUGGCUGAGAAUCAAAGUUUGUUUUGAUUACAUCUACGUAUCAGAGUUGCUUCAAAAGUCAUCCUUUUUAUUGUCCAUGAUGUAAGAUUUUUUAGUAAAAUUGUAAAGAUACUUUGAGGAACAUUGGUUUUCAAAAUGAAGUCUGUUUUCAACUCAUAUUCAGCUUAAUCUGAAAAGCACUUGUUGGGAGAGUCUUGUGAUACUAUUUCAUAACCAUGGUUGAUGAAUUAAUUAAAGUCCGGACAAUUGUUGACUAUC